CCCAAAUCGAGCUCAGACCUCUUCUCUUCAUCAGUCUUGCUGGUCAAGCCGUUCUUCAACUGGUCCGCGCUCAGUUAAUACCAACCACCCAAGCGUGUCAAAUACCUGUCGCAGUUUCCUGUCACCUUCACUUCAAGAGUCCUUCACUUUGAUAGCCCAGACUCUCCAGAUAAGGGUGAUCUGGUUCCACGAGGCAUAUACUCCUGACCUGCCUCUAUCUUGCCAGCGGAUUUCCUCAAUUCUAUUGUAUUUGAACCCGCAGUCGAGACACGAUUUCGAUAACAGAUCCAGCCUUUCUUCUACAUACACCAACAUGGGUUCUCGCACCACAGUAGCCAAGAACAGGGCCGCCCUGGAGGAAUUCGUCCGACAGCCAGUCCGCUCCUACAUGAUCCAACAUCUGGCAAAGCAAGCCUCACAAGUUAUUAGAUGUGACUCUGAGCCUUCGCCAGCAGACGCUCUCCCCACGCCACCCUCCACGCCUCCGCACCAUGCAUCUUCAGACGUUGGACAACCCUCUCUCCCGACUCUGGAACAGUUCAUUAGCUCGCUGGUUCACAAGUCCUCCGUACAGGUGUCGACCCUCAUGACCUCUCUAGUCUUCCUGGCUCGUCUGCGAUCACGACUACCUCCUGUGGCCAAGGGCAUGAGAUGCACAGUACACCGCAUCUUCCUCGCCUCCCUGAUUCUCGCCGCAAAGAAUUUGAACGACUCGAGCCCCAAGAACAAGCACUGGGCCAGAUAUACCUCGGUCAAGGGAUUCGAGGGAUUCAGCUUUGGAUUGGCAGAGGUGAACCUGAUGGAGCGGCAGAUGUUGUAUCUGCUGGACUUCGAUUGCAGAGUCACUGAGCAAGACCUCUUUGACCAUUUCGAACCAUUCCUUGCACCCAUCCGCUUCCAAAUGGAACUGCAGGCAGAAGAGGCAGAACUCAUCAGCAGCCACCGACAUUGGCACUCUCACCAGGCCUCAUACGACUCCAAUAUCUCCCUGCCACCCCCGCCGCGCAAGGAGCACAUCCUCCCGAGCAUGGCCACGCCACCACCCAGAGCAGCAGGUGUCUACGAUUCGCCAGCUGCCUACACCACCGACGACGACUCUUCCAGCAAGUAUGCUCGACAUCGAGCAAACAACAGCUCCCUUUCUUUACCUGCUCCCAGCCACAGACGAUGGCCUUCACCUUUCCGCCAUCAUGGUCAAGGUCAUGGUCGUUCUGUAUCUCCUCCUUCGAUCCGAGAUCUUCCACCUCUCGUGCCAUCAAGCCGACCUGGCACCAUGCACAGCCAUUCCAGCUCGCGAUCCUCAUCUAUGGCACCGUCAUUGCGAUCCCGAUCAUCCUCGAUCGCACCAACCUCUCGGGGCACUCCAUACACUACAUCUCAUCUCGAUGACAGUAUCGUCGUGGUUGACCUAACGGAAAGCCCUGAUGCCUCAUAUCACGGUGCAUACGUCUCUGCACUAGCAGGCUCAAGACCCAGCCUGAAAGGUCAUCAGACCAGCUUCUCAGCCGAGAGCCAACAGCCUUCCAAAAAGGUCAAGGCCGACUCUGGAAUGGGAGGUGUCAUUGGCAGAAUGUUCAACUCGGCCAAUUAUCGGCUAGGUAGAACCCCUGUCCAAGUGGUUUGAAAGCGACGGACCAUAUCGAACGUGGAGUACAGAUGAAUGAAUUGAAACAAUCCAGGAGUUUGACGACUAUCCGAGCUGACGACAUUUGACCGCCCUCAUGACCAGGGCGAGAAUUUUCCUUGACACUAUCUAUCACACAUUCAUUCUCGACCAAACCCUUUUCCCUUUUUUUCAACACAUAAUUGUACUUCUAUGCAUGGCGCCGGCGUUCAUUCUCUCUCACCCACAAACAGCAAGGUCUGUCGACAAGCUAUUUCCCUUUUUAUUUUCUCUAAAACGAAAGAAGAAAUUCUCUCUUUCCACCAUGUACAAAUACACAGAUAUUCAAGAAUCAAAGCAAGCGCUUUUUUGCAAAGUCUCGAAAUCCCUGAUCUAGCUCGGAGCUUUUGUUAUUUUUUGGACUGGCUUCAAAGAUUACAAGACUACAAGAUUGAAAUUCGGGGUCAUAUGAGAUCGAGAGAAGGAGAGAGCGAUUGGGUAUAUGCUUGAUCAUUCACACACAACCUUGGGAGUUGUUGACUCGUACUCUCAAGAACUCUUCACAAGUGAUAAAGGCGACGAGCAAUUUUCAAAAAGAGGACAGUUGGAGAGACGGAGAGACGUCUGUUGGAACGAUGCUUGACGAUCAUGAAGAAUGAUCCUUUACCCACUGGUGGAUGACAUUAGCAUAGCAUAUGAUUCCCGGAUUUUCCAAGACGGGAAAUCUUAGAGUAUGACAGGAAUUUGUCGCUCUUGAAAUGAAUGGAAGAAAAAUAUGACCUUUCCAA